AUGAGUCCCAAUGAGUCUGAACUACGAUCUCCGUUGAACGACUUCGUUCAGGCCCAGGACAGGGGCCGUGAUGCUGACAACGAAAUCAAAUCAAAGCUGGAGACAUUGGAGGUGAAAAUAGAAAAAGUGCAGGCCAAGGUAGAAGGACAACUGCAAGAAGUGGAAAAUAAGCUGGCAGAACAAUUACAUGGAGUGGAAGCUAAGCUGGAAAGACAACUUCAGGAGGUGCAAACGAAUCUGGAGGGACAACAAACUAAGAUGGAGGCUAAAUUGGAAGACAGUCUGCUUGCGGUAAAGACCAAGCUGGAAGGACAACAGGUGGUACUGACCAAGAUGGAGAACUCCCAGGCAAAACUCGAAGAAAACCUUCUUGCGGUUCAGAUAAAGCUUGAAGCCCAACUUCAGGUGGUUUUAAAUCAACUGCAUGCACUGUCGAACAAGAUAGAUGCUGCCAAGGUGGGAGUCCCCCAACAAGCAGCCCCUGCUUCAGCCACGAUUACUUUCGAGCGAUCCAGUUUCGAGCGAAUUGGUACCAGAUAUUUUAGAAUUGUAAAUGAAGAAGUGCUUUGGAAUUAUGCUGAAAGAAGGUGUCGUGAGAUGGGAGGGUACUUAGCCUUCCUUCAAAAUGAAGAAGAAAUUAACGCCAUUAUACCAAAGCUUGAAAAAAAUAAGUACUAUUGGCUAGGCAUUAAUGAUCAAGAAAAUGAGGGGCACUUUGUAUCUGUGGCCUCACAAAAGCCAGCACCAUUUUUAAAGUGGGCCGAGGGAGAACCAAACGACAGCAACCAUAAGAAUAACUGCCUCUAUUUGUAUAAUGGCAAAAUGGGGGAUGGCUAUUGUAGUGGUAAAGCCUUUUUUAUUUGCCAGGCGGACAAUGAAACGUAG